CCAGAGGAGGCGGGUCCAGGAAGCAGGUCGAGCGGUGGCGCGCCCAUUCAUCUCCCUUUCCGCUCCUGUCACUCUCGGUGCCUUCUGAUGUGUGAAGACCAGCUAUGGAAAAAUGGAGCUCAAUGACAAUUACUGUGUUAUUAGGACUUACUAUCCGUUGGGCUGUGUCCCUUGGUUCUUAUUCAGGUGCAGGGAAGCCACCUAUGUAUGGGGACUAUGAAGCUCAAAGACACUGGCAAGAGAUUACUUAUAACCUGCCAGUCAAACACUGGUACUUCAACACCACUGAUAAUAAUUUGCAGUACUGGGGCCUCGACUACCCACCUCUUACUGCUUAUCACAGUCUUUUGUGUGCUUAUGUAGCGCAAUUAAUAGAUCCAAGUUGGGUCGCUCUCCACACAUCUCAUGGGUAUGAGAGCCAGCCACACAAGUUAUUCAUGCGUACAACAGUUCUUGUUGCAGAUUUGCUGAUUUAUAUACCAGCAGUAGUCUUAUACUGCUAUUAUUUAAAAGACACAUCAAACAACAAAAAGAUUUCUAGUGCUCUCUGCAUAUUGCUUUAUCCAGGCCUCAUUUUGAUUGAUUAUGGACAUUUUCAGUAUAAUUCUGUGAGCCUUGGUUUUGCUUUGUGGGGAGUACUUUUCCUCUCCUACGAUUUGGAUGUUUGGGGUGCAAUAGCAUUUUGCCUUGCUCUUAACUACAAACAAAUGGAGCUCUACCACUCCCUGCCUUUCUUCUGCUAUCUCUUGGGAAAGUGCUUCAAAAAAGGCCUGAUGGGGAAAGGAUUAUUGUCGUUAAUGAAGCUGGGGUUUACCGUAGUUAUUUCCUUUGCUUUCUGUUGGCUCCCAUUUUGCACGGACAUCAGGCAAAUUUUGCAAGUGCUCAGGAGGCUCUUUCCAGUUGAUCGAGGUUUGUUUGAGGAUAAAGUAGCCAAUAUUUGGUGUACCAUAAGUGUCUUUUUCAAAAUAAAGACAAUUCUAUCAGCAGAAACCCAAUUUAAAUUAAGCUUGGUUUUAACAUUCCUGGCCAUACUUCCAAGCUGCAUAAAAUUAACUCUGCAGCCUUCUCAUGGGGGAUUUAAAUACAGUCUGGUUUGCUGUGCAUUAUCCUUCUUUCUGUUUUCAUUCCAAGUGCACGAAAAGUCUAUUCUUCUGGUUUCAAUACCAGUCUGCUUACUUAUAAAUGAAAUCCCCUUUAUGUCUGCAUGGUUUUUGCUCGUUUCAACAUUUAGCAUGCUACCACUUCUCCUGAAGGAUGGCCUGCUUUUGUCUUAUAUUGUGACAACACUGGCUUUUCUCAUGGUGUGUGGAGCUUCUUUUUCAAUACUUGAAAAGACCUCUGAAGCUGAUCUAAAGCUGAAAAUGUUUUCCGCUUCUAUUAGAAAUUACAUUCCUUGGUUUAAAAUAUUCCCAAAGACUAUGAAAUAUUUGUUUCUGGUUUCAAUAACUGUGAUGUGCAUCCUGACUUUAAUGAGUGCCACACUGGAUCCUCCACAGAAGCUGCCAGAUUUAUUUCCUCUAACUGUCUCCGUUGUAUCCUGCUUGCACUUUCUAUUCUUCUUGCUAUAUUUUAAUGUCAUUGCAAUAUGGGAAUCAAAAAGUAGCCCAAAUCUGAAAAAAACCAAUUAGUUUGAACCAACCUGCAAAACUGAUGGCUAAUAUUUUAAAUAUUGGAACUCUUCAGUUGCUUCCUUGUUUUAUGUAUUUUCUGUGGAAAUCCAGACUCAAAAUGUUUACAAUUAAUUUUGUGCUGUUUCAAGAAUGCAAAUAGCCAUACCUCUAAAUGGUUAGAAAUGAGCUCUCUGCAGUAUGUAUGCAAUAAAAAAAGUAAUACGUGAUUUGUUCAAAAGAAAAAGCUACUCAUAUUUUUAUAUGAAAAUAAUAAAGGAACGACUUCUCAACCUC